AUGGUGGAGGAGGAGGAAGAAGAAGAAGAAGAAGAAGAAGAGGAAGAUCUCAUAUACGAAAACCUCGCUGCGUCCAACGACGACGAUUCCAGCUCCAGCUCCACCAGCACCAAAGCCCUACACCGCCGCCCCAGCACCAUCCACUUACAUCCACGAAACGACAACUACACAGCUGUGCAGAAAUGGCUAGAAGAAAUAAGCUCCUCCUCUUCCCCUUCAUCCCGCGCCUCAACUCAACACCUCUUCUCCUUCCUAAACGCCUACCCCAGCACCGCGUCAUCCGCCUCCACCACCUCCUCCGAAAAAGCCAACCGCUCAACACGACCAACCUGCCCCUUCUGCAGUCUACACUGGAGAACCAUGACUGCAGACGACCAAGCCGCACACAUGCUAUCCCACAGCGCAAGUUUACCGCAUACAACACUCCAUACGCAUAUCUCACACCCACCACACUACUACAUUGCCGAGCUAACCACAUCCAGCGAGGAUGACGACGAUAAUGGCGAGGCAGGGAGGGAGGCAGAUGUUGAUGCGCCGAGUGUACCACGGCGGCGUUGGUGGGCUAGGAACGUAUACGACACUGCUGCCACUUCCUCUGGUGUUUCGAAACGACAGGAAAAGGAAAAGGGAAGUUAG